GACCCAGGAGACUUUAGGAGGGGAGCUGAGCGCUCUCAGCUGUCCUGUGGUGCAGCUGUCUCUAGUGACUGUGGGGGUCGAGGCCAAGAUGAAACUCCUGCUCCUCCUGGGUCUUCUGGUGGGGGUGGUGUCUGCCCAGCGUCUCAGGACGGAAAUGUCCAGCCUGGACAGCCCGCGGGGAGAGGAGAGCUUGGCCCGGGAUUGGGACACGGCAGAAUGGGCCUCUGGGGAGGCCGCUGCUGGGGCGCCGACGCCGCUGCAGGAGGAGGACAAGGCGGAGGAGGCGGAAGGGGGCUCGGGAAGUGACGACGGCCCUGAGGUGGAGGGUGAGGUGGAGUCCAGCUCAGAGCUGGACGUGGGUCACGAGGACAUCCAGUGUCCUACAGAAGAGGACACAAUAAAGUUCGUGGGCAGCCCUGGAUGCAAAACCUGCCGAUACGUUGUGCUGAGUACCCCCAGGACAUUUAAUAGUGCUCAGCUGGUGUGCCAGAGAUGCUACCGCGGCAAUCUCGCGUCCGUCCACAACUUCGCCUAUAAUUAUCAGCUGCAGUGCACUUCCAGGACGCUCAACGUGGGCCAGAUCUGGAUUGGAGGCCUGCUCGUCGGCAAGGGUCACUGCAGACACUUCCGCUGGAUGGACAGAAGCCCUUGGAAUUUCGCAUACUGGAGUCCUGGGCAGCCCUGGGGUGGCCAUAACCUUGGUGGAUGUGUGACCCUGUGUACCCGAGGAGGUCACUGGCGCCUAUCUCACUGUGGUGUGAAACGUCCCUUCGCCUGUUCCUACUGAGCCAGUCCCAGCCGGGAGCUCCCGUCUGCCUGCCCUGCCAGCGGCUGCUCCCCUCCCCUGACCACACCUUUCCUUCCACUGCCCUGCAAUAAAAUCGCGUCCAGGAACCGG